GCAGGGAGUACUUCCGGGAGGCGCUUCCGCUAGUGCGGCGGCGCUGCUACCCGGCGGAGUCUUCCUGCGAAGAUGGGGAAAGUGAGGGCGCUGCGAGCACGUGUGCACCGGGCGGCCGUGAGGCUCGACGGGGAGGCUGCGCCCGGCCCUGUGCCCCGCGCCUUGGAGCCCGCCCUCCCUCUAGGCUCGGCGGGCGGAGCCGGGGCAAAGGACUGGACAUUGGUUCACAAUGACAUCUUUGCCAGGACACAGAUAGACCCCAGUGCUUUGGUGCAGAGGCUGGAGCUGGACCAGAAGAGUGUGGUGUCCCUAAAGAGAGGUACAGAGCCAAAGACCAUUUUGCCCAAGAAGGAAAAGCUGAGGCUUCGCCAUGAGCGAUGGCUACAGAAGAUUGAAGCCAUAAAGCUGGCUGAGCAGAAGCUCAAGGAGGAGCGAAGGCGCAGGGCCACGGUGGUAGUAGGCGACCUGCACCCCCUGAGGGAUGCCCUGCCUGAGCUGCAGGAACUGGAGGCCAGCCGGCAGCAGCAGGUCAGACGGGUGACCAGCAAGCCCAGGCCAGUGGAACUUAGCCGGAUGAGCUCAGCCCAGAGACAGCAGCUCCUUGAGGAAGAAAGGACCCGGUUUCGGGAGCUGCUGGCCAGCCCAUCCUACAGAGCCAGUCCCCUGCUGGCCAUCGGGCGGCAGCUGGCCCACCAGAUGCAGCUGGAAGGUGGCGGACAGCUCUGACCAGGACAGUGCCUGCUGUGAGAUCCGGGAGCCUGGCGUGCGGGUAGAGGUGCCAGCAGCUCUUGAAUCCUGCCCUGUACCCGUGUGGCCGCCUAAGCAGUCUUGCGACCUAGGGAAGGGGAAGGAGGAGCCGCUGGUGAGGACAAAUAAAGUGAUUUAUGGACUGUGGCUUCCAUGGCCUGGAGCCCUCCUAUGGCUUCACUUUCCACUGAGAGAUGGCCGCUCCUGCAUUCCCAAGGCUGAGCUGACCCUGGGACAGCUGCCCCGCUCCUCUGCAGAACAAGCCCAGGGUCCCCAGCGACGGGGGCAGAGCCGGGGUGGUUGUUCAUGUGAAGAUUUGCGGGGGCUGCACCAGUGUGAACCUGGGAGUCUGUCAAGUAACUCUGUCCCUGAGACCUGGGCACUCCUCCCAACUCUGUUUGGGAUCCUGGUCACAGCAGGACGCCCCAGCUGGCCACCGUGCUCCUCACCUCAUCUGCCUUCAUCCAGGCCACACCUUCUUGUGUCUUUGCCCUCUCAGCUCAGGCUCUUCACUGCCUUAACUACUGUGAGCAGGGAAGCAGGUGGUCCGGCCUGGAGGCGAGCAGGCCCAGCCCGUAGUCUCCCGGCUGGGUGGCAAGAUGGACUUGUGUUAGACGUUAGUGGGUCUCAGGAUGUGAAGGCUGAGGGCAGCACCCACAGUAACCCAUGCCCCACCUUACAUCUGGGGGUGCUAAUGUGACUUCUCAUCCCCCUAGACGUCUACUGGGGGACCCACAUGCUCAGGCCCACCGCCAGGGCCCCCAGCCCCCGUGAGUGAGGACCCGCAGCAGUGGAGCCUGGACCCUUUGCCUGGGCAGAGCGGAUGAGGCCCUCAGUCCCGGUGUGGACAGCGUAGGUGACCUGGUGAAUGGAAGUGGAUACGAGUGAAUAGGCCUAAGCUGGGUGCAGCAGAAGUCAAGGUCAGCCUGGUUUCAGAGAAAGUUCCAGGACAGCCAGGGCUACACAGAGAAACCCUGUCUCAAAAAACCAACCAACCAACAAACAAACAAAUAAAAUGAAUGACCGACCAGA